UUAGAACUGCACAGUAUUAUUUUUAAAACGCUUAACAAAAUGAACAGACAUAAUAAAGAAAUAAUAGAAAAUACGGGCUUCAAAGAUGUACCGCAGUGGCUAAAUGAAAAACUAUUUCAAGAAUUUUUGGAUAAAGAUUUUCCAAACUAUCGCACAUUAAAGAAAUUUAUGGCAAAACCGGCCGUUAAGACGGGAGAAAAUUUUAUGACUGUGAUGCUAAGAAUAACAAUCGAAUUAGAAUUGAAAAAUAAUACGAAAACCUCUCACUCAUAUAUGGUUAAGAUCAAACCAAUACCGGAAACGCUACAGUUCAUGAUUAAGGAGUGGAAAAUAUUUGUUAAAGAACACACCACCUAUUCGAAAUACAUUGCAGCUUUUCAGAGAUAUUAUCAAACAGCCGGUUGUAAUGUAAAAUUGGCUCCUCGUUUAUAUGAUCCUACUAAAACCGUAAUAAACGAUGAUGUUCUUAUACUGGAGGAUUUAAGACUUAAAGGUUUUACAAAUUUUAACCGACAUUUAGGUUUAGAUUUAGUGCAUACUAAAGCAGUAUUACAAAAAUUGGCACAAUUUCAUGCUGCUUCGGCACAACAUUUCAUGAAGGAGGGGCCUUAUCCAACAAUGUACAGCAAAUCUUUGUCAAGUGAUGUCGAUUUGUUUGAAAAUCAUCGCAUUAAAUUAAAUGAAAUAUUUCGUGAAAAUUUGGAUUUUUAUGGAAAUUUUAAGUAUAUGGAAGAAAAAUUGAAAAUCUUCUUCGAAACUUAUCCGGAUCCAUUUCAGUUAGAAUCCGAUUGGAAAACAAAUAAAUUUAAUGUUCUAAAUCAUGGUGAUUGCUGGACAAACAAUAUCAUGUUUCAGUACGAUAAAAGUGGUCAUCUCAUAGAAACGAUGUUAAUUGAUUUUCAAAUGAGUCGCUUUGGUACACCAGCACAGGAUCUUUAUUAUUUCCUAUUAUCAUCAACAAAUAUGGAAGUGAAAUUAAAAUAUUUUGAUUAUUUUAUUUACUAUUAUCAUCAGCAAUUAACGAAAUGUUUGAACUUGUUGCAAUAUGAAGGAACAUUUCCCAGUCUGAAAGAAAUACACAUUGAGCUGCUAAAACAUGACUACUGGGCAUAUCUCACCAUUAGUUCAUUGAUGCCAAUAAUACUUUGUGAAUCACGAGAUGAUGCUAAUGUUGAUACUUUGUUAAAUGAAGAUAAUGAUGAAUUAAAAAGAUCUAUGUUUGCUAAUGAAUUAUAUAUAAAAAAUAUGAAUAUGCUAUUACCAUGGUUGGAUAAUCGAGGAGCAUUUGAUAUUUAGAAAAUAA